AUGGACCAGACAUCGAUGAGCACAGCGCAACGCGAAGCGCUCACCUAUCCGCACAUAGAAGCCAACACGCUUGACGAUCAAGGUCUUGCGCGUCGUUGCCCGCUGGAUAAUGGCCGGCAUGAAGGUACCCCUGCGUUCCAUCUUGGAGAUCUGGACAAGCUCCCUCUAGAACUCCUCAGCAAGACACUCGUCCAAACCGACCUACGAUCUCUGACCGAUCUCCGGCGCGUCAACCGAAGAGCCAUGGAAGUCGUGGACUCGAUCAUGCAGUACCAGGUGAUCGUGGCUCACGCGCCCGACUCACUUCGCGGCAUCCUCGCUAUCGGAACCGGGCAGUGGAUCACGUGCCAGAAGCUGUACGACCAGCUAUGCACCGCCGACUGCGACCAUUGCGGUGCCUUUGGCGGAUACCUCUAUCUCGGCACCUGCAAGCGCGUAUGCUUUUUCUGUUUCUCGCAGGUGCCGGACUACCUUCCACUGCCGCUUUCCGACGCCCUCCAGCGCUUUGGGUUAGGUCGCAGGAUACCAAAAUCUGUACCUCGUCUCAGGAGCAUACCUGGAUGCUACACGCGGGACGAGACGGUCCUGCGCACACGCCUUACCCUCGUCGACUCUGAGUCCGCCCGCCAGGCCGGGAUCGCACUGCAUGGGUCCGUCAGUGCGAUGGAGCAGCACGCUUCUGAGAUGGCAUCUAAGAGACGUCGUGCAUACGCGGCAAAGCGGGAGCUGAAAGCAGAAGGAGCGUUGAUACCAACCCCACGUCGACCACGCCCUACAAAGGCUUACGACGAGCGUGAGGCGGACCCGAGACGCUUCCUGGCGGUCGUUCGCGCGCCCUGGUUAGAUCUACGCACGAGAUCGCUGGAGUGGGGCUUUCAUUGUCUCGGUUGUCUGUACAUGGAUGACCCUUGGCAGUGGGCGGCAAAAUUCACGGCGGAGACGUUUCAGAGCCAUUUCGAGGAAUGCGGGAAGAUGAUGGAGAUGAUGGGUGACAGCCCUUUGCGUCGGCAGUACGUUGGCUGGCUGGAGUACAUGGGCCUGUUGUAG